AGGAUGCCGAAAGCCAAUCACAGCUCCUUCCCUCCUGACACGUACAUCUUGGCUGGCAUCCCGGGUAUGGAGGCGUCUCACAUCUGGAUCUCCAUCCCCUUCUGCCUGAUGUACGUGGUCGCCCUUCUUGGGAACGGCUCCUUGCUGCUGGUCAUCCUGACCGAGCGUAGCCUCCACCAGCCCAUGUACCUCUUCCUUUCCAUGCUGGCCACUGCAGACUUGUUGCUCUCUACCACCACCGUGCCAAAGAUGUUGGCCAUAUUCUGGUUCAGGGCUGGGGAGAUCUCCUUUGAGGGAUGCCUAGCCCAGAUGUUCUUCAUCCACGUCAUCUUCAUCGCCGAGUCAGCCAUCCUAAUGGCCAUGGCCUUUGAUCGGUACAUCGCCAUCUGCGACCCGCUGAGGUACACAACGAUGCUCACCACUCCUGUCAUUAUGAAAAUUGGGCUGGCUGCCAUUGCUAGAAGCUUCUGUAUAAUUUUCCCUGUCAUCUUCCUGGUCAAGCGGCUGACAUUUUGCCAGCACAAUGUCCUCCCCCACACCUACUGUGAGCACAUGGGCAUUGCCCGUUUGGCUUGCUCGGAUAUCACUGUCAACAUCUGGUAUGGCUUCAUGGUGGCCCUUUUGGCCAUUGGCCUCGAUGCCUUGCUGAUAGUGGCGUCGUAUGCUUUGAUCCUGAGAGCUGUCUUCCGGCUCCCUUCCAAGGACGCGAGGCACAAGGCCCUCAGCACCUGCGGGUCCCACCUCUGCGUCAUCCUGAUGUUCUACACUCCUGCGUUUUUCUCAUUCUUUGCCCACCGCUUUGGCCACAACAUUCCAGGCUAUAUUCAUAUCCUCCUGGCCAACUUAUACGUACUGGUCCCCCCCAUGCUGAACCCCAUUGUUUAUGGAGUGAAAACCAAGGAGAUUCUGAGAACAGCGACUGAGAAGUUCCACCAACAUUUUAGCAAGUCACUUACCUAA